CUCCCAUGCAGUUUCCUAGUUUCACUUUCACUAAACAAGGAUCCUUGGGCGGGUCUUCUCUUCAUGUAUAAUCAGGAACAGAGAGAGAACAGAACACAUAAUAAUACUCACUCUCUGCUGUCGUUCCUGGUCUCUGCUGUUGGUGAUCAUACUGAUCUAUUUGCUGUAUAACCUGUACAUUGUUCAUGGUACUAUUCUGAGUAUCCUCAGUGUUAUGUGCUUUUUGUGAUCACUGCGCUGACAGUCCUGAGAUCUUUGUGAGGAAAGGAUUUAUGCACUGCUGUUAAUGCUCCUGGGACCUUCCUGUUGAUAAUUUCAUCUUAUGGCAAACUGUGAUCUUGUAAUGUCCCUGUGGAUUUUACUGCUGAUCCUUUGCAGCUGGUCCUACCAGAGUUCAGCAAUCUCAUGUAAUACAACACAGUAUGAGAAAGAUGGCAGAUGUUGUUCAUUGUGUAAGCCUGGACAGAGACUAAACAAGGACUGUACAGAGAACAGUGAAACUGAGUGCCUGAGUUGUGCUGAGGGAGAAUACCAGGAUACGUGGAACCGAGAAACUAGCUGUCUUCUGCACCAGUACUGUGAUGAGAACUUUGGUUUUCACAAGAUAAGUGAGGGGACAGCAGUCAGAAAUGUGAACUGCAGCUGUAAAGAGGGCAACCACUGCUCCAAUCCUGCCUGUGAGACUUGUGUGCUUAACACAGUGUGCGGCCCAGGACAUGGAGUGACACAGCGAGCCAGCAGGGAUUCGGAUACGCACUGUUCACCGUGUGCUAAAGGAACAUUCUCCAAUGUAACAUCUGACACGGAGCCAUGCAAAAUGUGGAGCAUAUGCAGUGAAACACAACAGGAAGUACGCCUAGGAAAUUCUACCACUGAUGUGGUCUGUGGAACUGGGCCAACAGGCAACACUUGGAUUUAUGUUGUAAUUGUCGUGGUAGCCCUGGCAUGUUUGUUUGCUGUACUGAUAUUUGUUAAGCGAAGAUGUUGGAAAGGCAAGUACCAAAUAAAAGAGGAGAAUCCACUUAAGGUAAAUGGGCAGCCAUUGUAUCAACUUCCUAAGCAAGCCAACCUCCCUGUAGAAGACCAGGACAUCACCAUGCAAGGGCUCCCAGUGGCCCAGGAACAGGGGAAAGACUUUCAUAUGCCACAGCAAGAAGUUAGAGAGCACCUUCUGGAUGUAUGAACUUUCCUAAUAGGCUACAUGGAACUUGCUGUGCCAGUGACAGCUGCACUCUAGUGAAUCCCGUCAUUAGCCACAUUGUCAUGAAAAGUGGUUUAACCAAGAAAAUCUCUGCCAUCCCCUGUAUACUGUACACUAUAACAACAAGCUGGGAAUCUUUAUCUUAUUUGAUGUUAAUGUUAGUUAUGAUUAAAUAUUUUUUUUAAUGUU